AUUAUAAAUAAAAUGGAAUUGCCUGGGAUCUUAAAGACCUCCCUAGGGAUAUUUCCAAAUUUAUCUCAGUGCAUGGGCUUGGGUUUCGGGUGGGUCCGGAGCCUUUUGUUGUGGUUGUGUGGUGGCGGCCUUGGGAAUGUGCAGUUGCUGGCUGAUUUAUAUUCGCCCCGGAGUGCCACAAAUCAAAGUCGAGCUGCUGCCCCUGCUGCUGCUGACUCAUUGGAGUGGCUCCUGGUUUGCUGGGGCGACCUGUUGCAUGCCCCACUCCUGGAACCGUGGCGGUGGCACACCGCCGCAGAACCACCAGAACCACCAAUCGCACCACCGGCAGCACCACUUCUAAGUGUUCUGACCUUGCUGGCGGAAUCCAUAUCCGAAAAGUGAAUUGUCGCCGACGCUUUGAAUAAAUUGCUAAACGAUUUGGCAAGCGCCAAAACUUAAUGGCCAAAAAGGAUUUCGCCUCGGCGAGCAUAAAUUUGCUGGCCAAAAUCAAUGACGAGGCGCACUCUGAUUGCAUUUAUUGGCCAACUAUAGAUUUAAGGUGUUCAAUGGAUCCGGAGGAUACCUACACCGAUUUAA